AUGCGAUGCACCAGUUCCGAGCGGAACCCUGACGGAUCAAGAGCUCCCUGCGACAGAUGUCAACGCAACAGCCGCCCUUGCCACAUCCCUCAGAGACGUGCCCCAGGCCGUAGACCGGGUGCUCUUGGUCGCUAUCAUGGCGUCGAGAAGGCCAUGCGCCAAAUCCAGACCGAAGUUCGCAAGGCGGCGCGGCUGUCAAAGGAGUUUCCUAAGAAUCCCGUCCCUAGCGAGAGCGAAAUUCUUGGUCUCUUCUUGCGCGGCGAUGCCCUCUCGCCGCAGCAGCUCGUGGCCAAUGAAUCAUCUCAAGACCUAGUCCCUUCAGCUCAAAAUACAUUCUCGAGUAUGCCUGAUGCACCUUCAGAGCUUUCUCAAUUUGAGCAGUCCAACGCAGAUGCCGUGGCUGCUGGCCGGUUUGAGCGGUCUGUGUGUAACCCUCUGGGGCUUUUAGCUGACGCGUCCGGAGAGGCUCGGGAGGAAGGGGAGCCCUUCAGACCUGAGUCCUCAUCAGAUUUUGGCCAUGACACUUCGCCUGGUGACGCCAUAUCUAUGACGACGGAUUCUAGUUCUUUGGUUACGGCCCGAUCCCUCUUUGAACGCCCUGGAUACGUUUCCCUCGGCCUCAAGCUAGAUCGAGGGGUUCUAGAGGAUGCACUUGGGCAGCUCCUCAACCGGAGUAGUGUCGAUAUGCGCUAUGCAAACUACUUCAAAGCAGCAAACGAAAACCGAGCCCUGGAUACAGGCCCAGAUCUUGACCCGGUCGAUCUAGGGUUGAUAUCUCUCGAAGAGGUCCUAUAUCUAUUCCCUAUCUACUUUGAGUGGCAACAUCCUAUACACGGCAUUCUUGAUCCAGCUUUACACACACCCGAUUUUGUGAGAUCACGCUCGGCGCUCCUAUUCACUUGGAUUCUGGCCAUCACCGCACAGUUUGAUCCGGCCUCAGCGUCUCUAAUGAAGCGAUUGCGCUUGCACGGCGAAAAGCUGUUGAGGCAUGUUCAUGCGUCUGGCUACAGAUCUGUGGAAAUCGCACAAGGUUAUUACCUAUCACUCCUAGCCGCUGUCCCCACGAAUACCUUGGCGGAGGACAACUCAUGGACAUACACAACGUACGCCCUUGGUAUGAUUUCAGACUUGGGUUCCGAUAGCCGACAAGGCCCUUUGGCUUCAUCGCCCAGACAUCCCGUUACAGACCCAAGCAAUGGAUCAACUGUUGCGAUUUCAUCCCUUGAAACAAGACUAGUUCGAAACCGAGAACGGACGUCACUCCGGCUAUUGAUCUGGGAACAAGCACACAAUGCCUCGCGUGGCAGAGUUACCUUUUUCCCCGACAACGAGCUCAUUUUACGCAUAAACGAAUGGUGGCAGCAUCCCUUGGCCGACCCCACAGACAGGUAUACUUCUGCUUUUGUUCUCUUGCGUCGCCAUUUGUAUAUGCUUCAUCAUGAAGUCAAGCAUCAUUUUGGACUACCGCAUCAUGGACCACAUUGGGUAAGAGACCUCGUGGACUCAGCCUUGGAUCCAUGGGCAGAAACAUGGCUGACUAACCCGGAGGCCCACUCCGAGACGCCUGAAGUCAUACGAGGUGCGUUCUUGCGCUUCGUUUAUUUACAUGGUCGACUAUGGGCGCUCUCGGCGGCUUUGCACAGUCAUGCAAGCAGCGGACAGGGAAGUGAUGCAACUGCUUACGACUGCUUUGAGGCUGCCAUCAACUGUUGCGAGGUCACUGUCAGGGAUCUUCGUGAGAUUGGUCAGCCAAUGUAUUGCAUGAUGACUCCAACCUGGGCCAUGAGCUCCUACGCAGCGGUCCUUGCCCUGAAACUGUUUUCACAGCUCUACAGUGAUCGACUUGGUCAGGAAGUUGAACUCCUGGCUUUGCUUGCGGAGGUUGCGUUGCAGCUAGAGAGAGCAGGAACAGUCCCCAACCAUCGAUUCGGCAUCCCCGCGUUGCUAGGGCAACAUCUUUUCCAGGUACUCCGCAGACGAUUAACAACACUCAAGACAGCGGUCCCUGUGGCACAAGGUGAUGGUAAUCUGCCAUUACUGGGAUUAGAUGGUGGUCAGGACAUCAUCUGUGAUAAUCAUCUACCCCAGCCCGAACAGCAGCAAGGAGGAAGUUUUGCUGAAUUUUCAGAUCUUCUUCUCUUUCCGGGACUUUCUCCAGAAGGUGCAGGUAUUGCUCAGGAAGCCUUUGCGGAUUUAAUGAGGGAGUGGGGUGGACCAGGCUUUGAAGGUCUUUUUUAA